AGCGAAGUAGAGAAGGCAUUUCAGGUACCGGAGCUUACUAUUUCCAGCCAGAAUUAGAUUACUGAGCUUCAAACACUCCACUGCCAGAUGCUGACCAAGAAGAGGUGAGAUAGAAAAGAGAUGGUUUAGAACCCAAGACUUAAUUCUAAUUAAGGAUGGAAGGGGAAUCUUACCACAAUACAACCACUGUCAAUGGCACCCCGGUAAGUCACCAGCCUUUGGAACGCCAUAGGUUGUGGGAAGUCAUCACUAUUGCGGCUGUGACUGCUGUGGUAAGCCUGAUCACGAUUGUGGGCAACGUCUUAGUCAUGAUCUCCUUCAAAGUCAAUAGUCAGCUGAAGACUGUGAACAACUAUUACCUGCUCAGCUUAGCCUGUGCAGAUCUCAUCAUUGGGAUCUUCUCCAUGAACCUCUAUACCACCUACAUCCUCAUGGGACGCUGGGUGCUUGGCAGUCUGGCUUGUGACCUCUGGCUCGCCCUGGACUACGUGGCUAGCAACGCUUCCGUCAUGAACCUUCUGGUGAUCAGUUUUGACCGUUACUUUUCUAUCACCAGACCUCUGACAUAUCGGGCCAAACGUACCCCAAAAAGGGCUGCCAUCAUGAUUGGCUUGGCCUGGCUGAUCUCCUUCAUCCUUUGGGCCCCAGCGAUCAUCUGCUGGCAGUACCUGGUUGGAGAGCGGACGGUACCACCAGAUGAGUGCCAGAUCCAGUUUCUGUCCGAGCCCACCAUCACCUUCGGCACUGCCAUUGCUGCCUUCUACAUCCCCGUUUCUGUCAUGACGAUCCUCUACUGCCGAAUCUACAGGGAGACAGAGAAGCGGACCAAGGACCUGGCUGACCUCCAGGGCUCUGACUCCAUGGCGGAAGCAGAGCCAAGAAAGCCGGCUCAUAAGUCUCUGCUGACAUCCUGCUUUAGCUGCCCUCGUCCCACCCUGGCCCAGAGGGAAAGGAACCAAGCCUCCUGGUCAUCCUCUCGCAGGAGCACCUCCACCCCUGGGAAGCCGUCCCAAGCCACGGGCCCAAGCACCGAGUGGGCCCAAGCCGAGCAGCUCACUACCUGUAGCAGCUACCCUUCCUCGGAGGAUGAGGACAAGCCUGCCACAGACCCUGUCUUCCAAGUAGUCUAUAAGAGUCAGGCCAAGGAAAGCCCGAGGGAAGAAUUCAGUGCCGAAGAGACCAAGGAGACGUUUGUGAAAGCUCAAGCUGAAAAAAAUGACUAUGACACCCAAAAAUACUUCUUGUCCCCCGGUGCUGCUCAUAGACCCAAGAGUCAGAAAUGUGUGGCCUAUAAGUUCCGGCUGGUGGUGAAAGCUGAUGGGACCCAGGAGACCAACAACGGCUGUCACAAAGUGAAAAUCAUGCCCUGCUCCUUCCCAGUGUCCAAGGACCCUUCGACGAAAGGCCUGGAUCCCAGCCUCAGCCAUCAAAUGACCAAACGAAAGAGAAUGGUCCUCGUCAAGGAGAGGAAAGCAGCCCAGACCUUGAGUGCCAUUCUCCUGGCCUUCAUCAUCACCUGGACCCCUUACAACAUCAUGGUCCUGGUUUCCACCUUCUGUGACAAGUGUGUCCCGGUCACCCUGUGGCACUUGGGCUACUGGUUGUGCUAUGUCAACAGUACCGUCAACCCCAUUUGCUAUGCCCUCUGCAACAGAACCUUCAGGAAGACCUUUAAGAUGCUGCUCCUCUGUCGGUGGAAAAAGAAAAAAGCAGAGGAGAAGUUGUACUGGCAAGGGAAUAGCAAGUUCCCCUGAAGAGUUAAUGACUCCCCGCAAAAGAGUAACCACAGCCAAUUUCUUCUGAGGAUGGGUGAGCUCAUUCAGGUGUAUUUAUUUUCAAAAAAAGACAUCUGUCAUUUUGGGCACCCAAGGAUUUCGUAAAGGCUUGAGAUCUGUCACCAAAAGGAAGGAGUCAGAGCUGCUACAAGUGCGGCCAUAUUGAAUGAUUCUUGCCUAUGACCAAGGUCACCUGAUGCCACUGGAGUUUGCUGCUGAAGUGAAGAGACAGACGUGUGCCCCUUCACAGGAGGAGGAAUGCCGGGUCACAGUGAACAGUGAUGUAGGGAACUUUUGCUCCUUGUCCUUUGGGGAGCAGCAGGGACUGGGUAGAAAUCUUCCCUGUGGUAAAGUGUAUUGAGGUUUUUGGCAAUAUAUAUGUGUCUAUGAAGUUGUCUCCUAUCAGUGAGAACUGGGAGACUGUCACCUGUUACCAAGAGUGAUGUUCAGUUGGCUUCUAAGACUCUUAUUUGUUUAUAAACUGAUCAGUAUUAUGCAGCUAUUAGGUGUUCUUACUGUGGUAUGUUUUUCUGUCCCUACAUCUGAGUGAGGCUCUACUCUUUCCUUUCACAACCGAUGCCAAUUCCAGGUACCCACUGAAACCAUGCUGGUCCCUAUGUUACCAUCCUUUCUCUCAGAAUUCUGGGUCUGGAAGGAUACUGAAACCUGAUCCCACCUGGUCCUUUGGGGGGCCUCUACUCUGCUCAUUAAGAUGGUCCAGUGGGAAUUUUACCAGUGGGAAUUUUUUUCAUUUCAUCUAAACAAAUACUGUGUAUUCUAUUUUGUGCCCAUGUGGGUAUAAUUAUUUAUUCUCUGUUCUAAGGAAGACUACUUCACUGCAUAAAGAUCUUCUCUGGGCUAUUUAAUCACAAUUUCUUUGUUUUCAGAGGGCUUACUUUCUAAUCUCUACCCAAGGCCAACCUGAGUCAAAAUGCAGAAAACAAAUUUGGUUUUACUCCAUUCUUCCGAAAUUCUUCCAGAACUCUUUUGCCUGCUCCUAUUUCCCUCAUCCAGACAUAGGUCACAACUAGGCACAAUCAGGUCACUGUGCUGUCUCCAGCCAGAAAUGCUGUUUGGAGGGACAGCAGGGGAAAGGCUUUCUUUCUUUUCUUUUUUUUUUUUUUUUUAUUUUCUUUUUCUUCUUCUUCUUCUUUUUUUUAAAAAUAGGUCCUUCAGAUCAUGGCUCAGAAAUGACUUAGUCAUUCCUCUCCAAAUUCACUGGCAAAGAUGAGAAGCUCGGAAAAGUACACCUGAGGGCCAGUAAAGCUGGCUAUAGUCAUUAAAAACGAAGGCCUCAUCUUGGAAAACAAAACACAGAUCACAGUAAUAUAUCAAAAUAAAACAUAUCAAUAUAACAUGCAUUAGAGUAUCAAAAUGAUAAAAAACUAUAUUUAAGUGAAAUUUCUGUGUAUAUAAACAAACUGAAUCCAAGGUAGGUUUUUUUUUUUUUAAUUCUGAGAAUACACCCAUAUUCAAGAAAUAAACUGUAAAAGCACACACAAAGAAUAAAAGACCCACAAAGAAAGCAAGCAGUAUAGUACACAUGAAGGUUUUAAAGACAAAGCCCUCCUGUCAGACAGAACCUUGGCUGAUUACAUCUGCGAUUGCAUUUUAUCAUCUCCAGACUUCAGUUCACUUAAUGUAGGCCAGUUGUCUGCAGCCUCGUUUGUGGUGGGGAUAUGACAGAGUCACUUGAGUGGUCCUGGGAACGACACAUGUCCUUGAGCUUUCAUCGACCACUGAAGAGGGAGUCCGCCUAUUACAUCAAGUCCCAAGAAGGCUUGAAGACAGGAUAGAACAGGUGUACCCCAGUCUCUCCCCAAGCCUUGUGGGGACUUGAUGAUGUGGAGCUGGAACAUUCUAGAAGCAGUGUAGCUACUGAGCCUUUGUGAAGGGCAGGCUGACACCCGCCAAGAAUUUCAUAGAGUGUAUUACUUAAUUGGCUCAGUUGACUGGGAGAGAUGCUCUGAGGCCUGGGUGAUGCCAACAGGGUGUGACUUCAUAGGCAAACCUGCUCUACCAGCUCUAGAUAAACAGUUGCUUUUUUUUUAGGUUAAGACUUUGAUUCCUGACAGAAAUGAAAAUCCCUCCAAGAGCACUCUGAGCCUACAUUGGGCAUUCACUGUUCACAGUAGAGAGAGACACAAGCUAAUUCAGACAAAAGAAUGCAGAACUGGUGGGGAGGGAGGGGGGGCUGCGGGGGCACAUUUUUCAUACCCCACAAUUGCCUAGGACUUAGCCUUCUCUGUUUAUCUUUUGUGAAAUUAACUGAGAGGAUUAUACUUCCUUUUUUAUCACUGGCUUUGGGAGGCAGCCUGUUUUAUGUGUUACCUAUGCCCCUAGGUAUAGAUUAAAAAAAAAAAAAAAAUCUAGGAGAAACUAGACUUCUUUAGAAUAGGGCCUGUUGUGGGGUCCUCAGUAUGAACAGAUCCAACUGUAAACUACGGGGACCUGGCGGGUGGGUGGGUGGAUGGGUUGGUGUGGCAUGGGCUGACUUCCGAUCUUAGGCCUUCUAUGCCCCCAGUCUCCCAGGCUCCGUGUAUGGUAACCUACAUACAGCUUUGACUC